UUGUUUUGGUCUGGUGGAGAUGUGACUUAUGACGCGGGCGUUGGCUGCUACGCGCAGCGUGGACGAACGAGACCUAUCGGCGCUGAGAACUACCAUUUUCCACAUUCCAUGCCAGGAUUGCUCUCAAUGCGAAUGACAAAUGACGAUGAGAUGUGCGGUAUAUUCAACAUAACUUUCAAAGCCUUGCCCCAGUUUGACUUACGAAAUGUGGUCUUUGGUAGAGUAAUACGCCCAUGUCCAACUUUCGACGUGAUCCAAACGCUCCCAGCUAAUCCCUACCCAGCUAUCGAAAUAGACUCAGCACGUACCAAGCUCAAAUCAGGCUGGGUUUACGGAACCCGAAACACCAGAAUACUACCAACCAAGCCCACACAUUACCCACGACCACACCAAUAA